CUAGUAUGGCGGAUUAGGUUGUUUAAGUGUUGGUUAUUUUGUCUUCUUACUUUUAAAUAUUUUCCUUGAGUGCCUCUCUUGUCAUGAUUUAACGCUGCAUUUCUAUGUAAUAUUCUAGAAAAUGAUGGAUGUGGUCUUUUUUCACUUUGCUUUUGGUGGAAAAGUUUCUUCUUAAUUAUAGAUAUGUUAACCAAAUUGUUUAUACUGUUUCUAAAUCUUAAACUUCUUAAGGGUAUUUGAAGUUAUAAUUCCUUAUUCCAGUUUUUUCAUGUUUUAACAUGUCACGAGGAUGCUAUAAAACCUAUGGUCGAAAAGUAGGGCCAACUACUCAUGCUAGUAUUCAAUUUGAUAAACUUUUCUAUGAAAACAGUAAUAAACCUUGUGCAGCAAAAUCUGCUGGAACUGUUGGAAAAUGGGGUAUUACUUCAUUUACUUCCAUAAGAAGUACUAAUUUUACUUUGGGUUCAACAUCCCCAACAUCUGUGAAGCCAAAAAAGUUUUUCAAAAGCAGAGUUGAUGAUGAUAAGCCCAAAGCACCACCUCCUGCUCCGGCUCCACCACCCCAAUCUCUUACGAAACAAUAUAGCAGGCCUGCAAGACCAGCCAGAUUGGCUUCAAUUGUGGCUGCAAAGAAGUUGGUGGAUACUUUGGAAAAUGAAGAAUAUGAAGACGAUAUCUUUCAGACUGAGGCAAUGAAUCUCUCUUCCACCCCAGCUGCUGUUCCACCACCAAGUCCUCCUAGGAAGCAACCCAGUCCCAUUCCUACGGCAGCUCCUUCAAGCCCUCCCUCUUCUCAUCCUCCGAUAGUUCUUCGUAUAUUUAAGGGUACUGCACAGCUCCUUACACCAACUGAAGAUGAUGUACCUCAUAAAAGAGACAGUAGAAGACGUUCGUAUGGAAGUGAUUCUAACGGGUCUACAACUCCUCCGAAAAAGCACAAGAGCAAGUAUAGGGAAUCUGAAAGAAGAGAUUCUGAAAAAGAAAAGGAUAUAUCAAAAGAGGAAGAGAUGGAAAGCUGUUUAGAAGAAGGAAAUAACCUUCUAGCUGAAACCAAUGUUGACUUUGAGGCAACUACUGAAAGAUUGCUAGGUGUAAAAGUUGUCGAAGAAGAUCCUUUGAAAAUUAGGAUACACCAUGUUACUAUGGAUGAAUCGGCAACUGUACCUGAAAUGGAACCAAAUCCGCCUACACCGGAGCAGUUGGAAAUAAAAGAAGAAAUUGAGCAGGAGAAGAUGCCAGAGGAUAUUGAAGAACCACUGCCUCUACCAGAAAUAACUCCAGUAGCAGUAUGUGAAGCAGAUCAAGAAGUGGGGUCUAAAACGGAAGCUAAAACUGAAGAGUUUAACUCAGAUAGUGAGAGUUGUGGUGGGGAUGAAAAAACGUUACCGCCGCCACCUCAAGAGGUCAUACAGAGGGUCGAACCGUUAGUAUUAAGGAGGCCUCCCGGUAGGCCUAAGAAAGGGAGUAUAUUUAAAUCACGGGGGGCCUCUGGCGAAAAGAGGAAUGCUCAUUAUAUUCAUAAAUGGUGUGAUCUCAAAGAUGAGGGUUCUAAACCUGAAGCAAGACCAGCUGGUCUCCAAACCCCAUUGGCCACAGACUUUGAUGCAGAAACACUUACUAGAGUUACCAAUUAUUCUUUAAAAGAAGAGACUGCAUUGGAAGAAGAGUGUGAAGCUAUAACCAGUGUGACUUGCAGCAAAAAGGCAAAAGAGUUUUAUACAGUUGUAAGAAAUGUCAAGAAGGCCCACCAAAUUCAGGAAUCAGGUGAAUUCCAAGAAUUUAAUGAUGACGUAGAGUAUAUUUUAGAUGCCCUACAAGAUAAUAAUCCUAUUAGCACUCGGUGCCUCUCAGCAAUAACUCUAGCUUCAAAGUGUAUGGUACCGGCUUUUAGGAUGCAUGUCAGGGCUCAUGGGACUGUUACGAAGUUUUUCAGAGCACUCCAUGAUGCGACCAAAGAUCAGAGAUUAGGAAUGUGCACAGCAACUGUGAUGUUCGUUUUGAGCCAAGACAGGCUUAACAUGGAUAUUGACAGAGACAGCCUGGAACUGAUGUUGUCGCUGCUCGAGAGCGAUGCCUCCCAUAGCUCAGCACUGGAGGGAUGUGGUCUCUCCACCGCCGAGCUGAAGAAGACAAAGGAUAGGGUACGAUCCCUUUGUCAAGAAAUUCAAGAGCAAGGUCAUGCUAAGCACCUGAAUCUUGAUAACAUCACCGUCGGUCAGCUGGCAAUGGAAACCCUUCUCUCACUGACAUCAAAAAGAGCAGGGGAAUGGUUCAAGGAAGAGCUGAGAGAUCUUGGCGGCCUGGAACAUAUAAUCAAGACUAUUGUUGAAACCUGUCGCCCCAUCGACCAUACGAUAACGAUGUGGUCACCGUCUCUUCUCGACAGGCUGAGGAAAGCAGACAGGUGCCUCAGAGUUCUUGAAAAUGUUACCCUUCAGAAUGAAGAGAACAAUAAUUAUCUUUUGACGUACGGUGAUGGUAUACUUGUAGACACAGUGGUCCGAAUGCUGAGAAUAUGUGACUCGCAGAUCCCAUUCUAUCCAACGACCACACUGGCUGAUAAGGAAUCAGUAGGAGCCGUCAUUAGAGAAUGUCUAGUUGCAAACCUUAAGGUUCUUAUCAACUUGACGCAUGACUUCAAUAACAAGUCAUUUGGCUCUACUUUGGCUGGAAUGCGAGAGGGACUUAUCGAAUCUAGUCUUCACAUACUCCUUCAGGUUCCUCGAUACAUACCAGAAGAACAGAAAUUUGAUAUUAAUGUGCUCACCUUAAUUUUGUUAAUUAAUUUGGUCGAACAUUGCGAGGCAAAUAGGAAGCUCCUUAUUGAAGCAAAGGCUCCUGCUAAUGCUGAUUCAAUGUUUGAAGUUAACAAUGGAAGUGCGCUAAGUGCUCUAGUAGAACUAUUCUUGGAACAGGAAGAGCUAGCGCGGACCGUCGAGCGGAAGACAGAUGCCAUUCUGGAUGGUGAAAGCAAACCAGAAAAUCAAGCUCCAAAAUCGUCUGAAGAGUUUAUAGAAGAGACGGUAGCCUUAUUGCUGCAGAAAGCAGGGCGCCACAUGGAACACACCCUCAUUGGAGCUUAUAUUGCACUCUUGUUAGGUUACCUUAUUGUGGACAAUCAGUUAUUUGAAGAGUAUGUUAGAAGUCACAUGCCAAAUAAGAACUAUGAAAUGCUAUUAUCUGUUUUACAGAAAUUUUACAACUUCAUGAUGCUUACAUCAGCCGUAAGUAUUUUAUUUUAA